UUUAACCAUUGAACAGACUCUAAUUAUCAUGCGUGAAUAUUUGCACGUUAAACCCUGCAGUGACUCCCUAUAAAAGAAAGUCAUUUGUGCAGGUCUCUCAGUCUGCACUCGACUCCUGUGUCGGUCAGUGCUCGGUGGGGAUUGACUCAAACCAUCAGCUAUGUGUGACGAGGAGGAACAGGUAGCUCUUGUCUGCGACAAUGGCUCCGGCAUGGUCAAGGCCGGCUUCGCUGGUGACGACGCUCCCCGUUCGGUUUUUCCCUCCAUCGUCGGCCGCGCUCGUCACCAGGGUGUGAUGGUCGGUAUGGGUCAGAAGGACGCCUAUGUAGGUGAUGAGGCCCAGAGCAAGAGAGGUAUCCUGACUCUCAAGUACCCCAUCGAGCACGGCAUCAUCACCAACUGGGACGACAUGGAGAAGAUCUGGCAUCAUACCUUCUACAAUGAACUUCGUAUUGCCCCUGAGGAGUCCCCCACAAUGUUGACUGAAGCUCCCCUCAACCCCAAGGCCAACCGUGAAAAGAUGACACAGAUCAUGUUCGAAACAUUCGCUAUGCCAGCCAUGUAUGUUACCAUUCAGGCUGUGUUGUCGUUGUACGCCUCUGGUCGUACCACUGGUCUGGUGUGUGACUCUGGUGAUGGUGUCUCUCACAUGGUUCCCGUCUAUGAAGGUUUCGCUCUUCCUCAUGCCAUCCUUCGUCUCGAUCUUGCUGGUCGGGAUCUCACUGCAUAUAUGAUGAAGAUUCUAACUGAGCGUGGCUACUCCUUCACCACUACAGCUGAGCGUGAGAUUGUUCGUGAUAUCAAGGAGAAGCUUUGCUACAUCGCCCUUGACUUCGAGAAUGAGAUGAAUGUUGCUGCUGCUUCUACUUCCCUGGACAAGUCCUACGAGCUUCCCGAUGGUCAGGUCAUCACCAUUGGUAAUGAGCGCUUCCGUUGCCCCGAGGCUAUCUUCCAGCCUUCCUUCCUGGGUAUGGAAUCUGCUGGUGUCCACGAGACAGUUCAUACCUCAAUCAUGAGGUGCGACAUUGACAUCAGGAAGGACUUGUUCGCCAACAUUGUCAUGUCUGGUGGUACCACGAUGUACCCUGGUAUUGCUGACCGCAUGCAGAAGGAAAUCACUAAUUUGGCUCCUGCUACCAUCAAAAUCAAGAUCAUUGCUCCUCCCGAGCGUAAGUACUCCGUCUGGAUCGGUGGUUCCAUCCUGGCCUCACUGUCCACCUUCCAAACCAUCAUCAAGGCAUCCUUGACUAGAAUUAAGUCAUCCUUGACUAGCAUCAAGGCAUCAUUGACUAACAUCAAGGCAUCAUUGACUAGCAUCAAGGUAUCCUUGACUAGCAUCAAGGCAUCCUUGACUAGCAUCAAGGCAUCAUUGACUAACAUCAAGGCAUCAUUGACUAACAUGAAGGCAUCAUUGACUAGCAUCAAGGUAUCAUUGACUAGCAUCAAGGCAUCAUUGACUAACAUCAAGGCAUCAUUGACUAGCAUCAAGGUAUCAUUGACUAACAUCAAGGCAUCAUUGACUACCAUCAAGGCAUCAUUGACUAGCAUCAAGGAAUCAUUGACUAACGUCAAGGGACCAUUAACUAGCAUCAAGGCAUCAUUGACUAGCAUCAAGGCAUCCUUGACUAGCAUCAAGACAUCAUUGACUAGCAUCAAGGCAUCCUUGAUUAGCAUCAAGGCAUCCUUGACUAGCAUCUAG